AAAGUCUCAUAAGCCUUCACAAAAGUCCUCAUACCUUGGAAAAUUUUCCAUUUUCUCUCAUUUUCUUUCACGUUCUUGGCUUCUUUUCUUUGCAUAUCACUUGAAUUUUUCUGUAUAGAAAAGGGUCUGUUCUGUUUGGUCUGCAGCAAAACCAAAUAAUUACAAUUUUGAACGGGAAAGUUUGAUACAAAGAUGACUAUGAAGAAGGUUACAUGGAAAUCUUUCAUGUUAAGCUGUUACAAGAGCAAGAACUCCUCGUCUGAUUCUGGCAAAAAGAGUCUGAAGUCAAAUCAAUUCCAGAGACUAUCUCUGUCGGAUGUAAGCGAUCCCUGCUCCCGACUCUCUGUUGAUGAUCUCUCUACCUCCCUCCUUGGCUCAAAUCUUCAUGUGUUUACCCUUGCCCAGCUAAGAUUGAUAACUCAUAAUUUUGCACGGUGUAAUCUGCUUGGUGAAGGAGGGUUCGGACCAGUUUAUAAGGGUUUUGUUGAUGACAAGCUGAGGCCUGGAUUGAAGGCUCAGCCGGUGGCCGUCAAGGCACUGGACUUGGAUGGCCUGCAAGGUCAUAGGGAGUGGCUGGCGGAAAUCAUCUUUCUUGGACAACUGAGGCAUCCUCAUCUGGUUAAGUUGAUUGGAUAUUGUUACGAGGAAGAGAACAGACUCCUAGUGUACGAAUACAUGCCAAGAGGCAGCUUAGAAAAUCAACUCUUUAGAAGGUAUUCUACUGCCUUACCAUGGUCAAUCAGGAUGAAAAUUGCAUUAGGAGCAGCAAAAGGCCUCGCCUUCCUACAUGAAGCAGAUAAACCAGUGAUAUUCCGGGACUUUAAAUCUUCAAACAUCUUACUAGACUCUGAUUAUAAUUGUAAACUAUCAGAUUUUGGGUUAGCAAAGGAUGGUCCAGAAGGAGAAGAGACGCAUGUAACAACCCGAGUAAUGGGCACACAAGGAUAUGCUGCUCCGGAGUAUAUCAUGACUGGUCACUUGACAACAAUGAGUGAUGUGUACAGCUUUGGAGUAGUUCUGUUAGAGCUAGUAACAGGAAAACGAUCGAUGGACAGCACCCGCCCCAGUCGAGAGCAGAGCCUCGUGGAAUGGGCAAGGCCACUAAUAAGGGACCCUACAAAGCUUGACCGGCUAAUAGACACCAGACUUGAGGGUCAAUUUUCCAACAAGGGCGCUAAAAAGGUAAUUGCAUUGGCUUACAAAUGCUUAAGCCACCACCCAAAGCCAAGGCCUACAAUGGGAGAUGUGGUCAGGAUCCUGGAGUCUGAACAAGGUUUCGAGGAUGAAUUUGUUGGACCAUUUGUUUAUGUGGUGCCAAAGGAAACUGAUGACAGCAUGGAAUUUGUUGCAGACAAUGAAAUUAAAAGAAGUGAAGAAGAGAAGGAUUGCAGUAUAGAAAUUGGCAACAAUCCAUUUCGUCGUGGUUGGAUAAAUCGAAUCAGACUGCCUCUUUCUUUGGUAGCUAAUUCCGAAUCUCUAUGUAGAAUGAGUAUAUGAGAAUUUCAGAUGGAGGAAGAGGACACUACACACUACAUGGUUGAAUUUAUCUAUUUAAGCUGUAAACAUUAUCGAGGCAGUUCAAACUUCAAAGAACAGCAGGAAGAAAAACAGAAGUAGAAAUGUUGAGUGGAAACAGCUGGGAAUAUUAAAAAAACCAGAUCAUUACAGCAUAAGCAUGGUUACUACCAUAAUUCAAAAAUGUUUGUUGAAAAGUUGAAAAUAAGUAUUUGAAGGAUACUCGAAGCACUGAAGUGCUCGUUCCCAUUCAAGCAAUAUAUUAUUCAGUAUUUUGAAUGAAAUAUAGAUAUUAUUGCCAG